ACUGUUGUAUGAUAUUUGCUUUGUCAGCUUUUAUGGCUGAUACUAACAGAUUGUCAAACGAAGUGUUAAGGGUAGCGAGGACGUCCUUAGACAAAGUAACACGGUUAUUAUUGACAACAAAGUGUCCCCCAAGUGUUGUGUGCGAAUGUGUUUUGUACUGCGAGAGUUUUAGGAGAAUCCCAAUGCUUUUUAUACCGAAAAAUUUCCCAGGGUAAAUUGCGUGCUUGUGCUAGGCCGACACACAUUGAGACCUCGGGAAUUGGCUUGCUUUUCAUACGAACAAUAUGUGCGCUUUGACCAAAGAAUCGAACCAUCAUUUCGUCUACUGGAUACAUUCGUUGCUGGGAAGUAGAGCUUCUGUGAUGUAUUGCGGUGGAGAGCAAAGGCCCCAGCUUGUCAAAAUAGUUGGUAAUUGUGGCCUCCGCAGGGAUAUCGUAUUAAAAAUACCCAUUGACGCUCGCCUCCUCUCCCGCCUCUCCUUCAUCAUCUCCAUCGUCAGUUGGCUCAAUGAUGACACGGCAUUGAGUGCGGGAAGUACUGGAAAGGAAUGGCUGCAGGUGCCUAUCAUACUCCUCCUCUGUCACGUUUAUAUCACCAACAGAGACCUCUGGUUCUUCGGACAGGUGUUGUACCAUGGGAUCCACUUCAGCAGCUUCGAUUUGAUUAGAAGCCUCCGAUUGGUACUGUUGGCCAAAUUUAAUUGUCCUAUUCCAUGCAUAGAGGAACACCUUGAGGGGAAGGUUCACAAAGAGUUUCUCGAGCAUCGCAGUGAGAACUUGAGGUGUCAUCAAUCCCGUUGUGUUGUAUGCAACCAUAUUUUUUACUACGCCCCAUAUUAUUUCGAUUGGUUGAAGUUCACAAUGAUAUGGGGGAGAGGGACUAUCACACAAUUGAUAUGGGGAAACGACGGCACGGGGGUGUCGAGUGGAUCACGGGUGAAUGACCCAGAUGAGAUACGGCGAGAAUUGUGGGAUGACAUUUUAAUAAUGCUUAGAGUACGAUGAGGAUGCCGAAUAGAAUGAAGAUUAGGAUGAGGAUCUAAUUGUUAUGAUUUGAUCAGAGCUUUUGGAAAUUUU